CGACCCGGCAACCUCAUAUAAAAAGAGAAAGUAAUAGAGGAAGAGAACGUAUAUGGCAGAACCUCAAAAUUUGAUCAACAAGAAGAAGUGCAUGAAGAAUGAAUAGCUGAAAUUUGUUGUACUCUGAUCGUUGAGUUUAGUAUGAUAUUGAUUAGAGGGAGAAUGAUAUGAAUAGAGAAAGAGACAACAUGGAUUCUGAUUGCAAUUGCAUAUCGCAGCCCACAGAGAAGGAAAUAGAAGAAGCUAAUGUGGAAGAUUUCUUCUGGAAAUUACCCGAUGAUAUUCUUGAAAAAAUCUUGUCUUUGUUGACAAUAGAAGAAGCAGCAAGUACCAGUGUGUUAUCAAGUAGAUGGAGAUAUUUGUGGACAUUUUUUUCUGGUUGUUUGGACUUCAAUGGACGACACAAAAUGAUGCGGUUUAAAUCUACUACAUGUGAGGUACUUUGUCGUGAUUCGCAAAGGUUUGUAAGUUGGAUUGAUCGAGUUCUAGGAUCACUUAAAUAUCCAACUAUUGAAGAAUUAAGGAUUCGUCUAGAAGUGGUCUCUCACAGUGAUAUUGAUAAUUGGAUUAAAAUUGCACUAGAAAAGAGAGUUCAAAGGCUGGAGUUGGACUUAUUUAAAGGUAGAAUUUGCCACUGCUCGAAGUUUGAUUGCUACGAAAAGUGUAAGGCAUACAAUUUUGCAUUACAAUUUGAUAGUGUUUCCAACUUUGGCUCCCUUACAAGCCUACGUUUGAGAUGUGUGGAUGUAACAAACGAAGUUCUUGAACAUUUAUUAUCUUCUUGUCCAUUUCUUGAAGUAUUAAGUGUUGAAGAUACUCAAUAUCUGACAAGUUUUAGAAUUUCUGGCCCGUCUCUCAAAUUGAAGCACUUACAGUUUAGUGGUUGCACCAAGUUGAUGAACCUUGAAAUCUGUGCGAGAAAUCUCAUAUCAUUUUCCUAUUUUGGACCCAAGACAAAUGUUUCUUAUGGAAAUGUUGAAAAUCUUUCAGAGGUAUCUUUUGGGGGUCCUUAUCUCUCUUAUGUCAUCCGUGAUCUGCACCAGCUUUCAAGUUUAUUCAUGCAACUGCAGACGCUUAAACUAAAUUUGGUUAAUCUCACUGUGCUUGGGAAGUUCCUCGGCAAAAUUCCUGCAUUACCUAAUCUAAAGCAUUUGAAGAUGACAAUUGGUGUAGCUGAUAAACGUUACCUCAUUCAUUGUUCCGCUUUCUUGAAAGCAUCUCCUUCAUUAUACAAAUUUACACUGGAGACAAUAUUUGUAGGGUGCCCAAAUGGAUUGGACUGGAACUUCAAGGAUCAUCCUUGUGUAGGCCUUAGGGAUUUAAACCUUAGGGUCUUCGAAUUCAUUGGGUUCACCGGGUUUCCUCCUUAUUUUGAGUUUGUGAUGUGCUUGAUUUGCACUGCUAAACUGCUAGAGAAGAUAAUUAUUCAUCCUCCUAAACGAUGUCAGCCAGAACUGUAUCAAUUUGGCAGAGAUCGUGCUAUUCAGUUGAGAGCUAUGUUUCCUCACCUGGAAUUUGUGAUACUGUAAUACCAAGAAUAUCUUCUUCUAUUUGACGGAAUUUGAAAAUAAAAUGAAAACAAAAAUUAUUAAUUACCCCU